AUGGCCGCGAAUUACUGGACCUCAACCCAGCGGAAAUUCUGGACGUUCACUCCGGAUAAGCUUGUCGACAUCCGUGACGAUCUCGAGAAACAGAAUGCAAAGAUCAUCGAGCAAUAUCCCUACCCAGACCGGAGACACAUGAUGAUCUUCUUACGUGAUCGUCUGCUCCAGCUAGCUAAGCGCCUCCAGUUCAGGCAGCAGUGUGUGGCAACGGCUCUGGUCUACUUGCACAGAUACUUCCUGUCGACGCCAAUGCAGAAUGUCAACUUGUACCUCUUGGCAGCAACAGCAUUCUAUCUAGCGUCCAAGACUGAGGAAUCUCCUCAUCAUAUCCGUCUUGUUGCUGCGGAAGCCAGACAGUCAUGGCCAGAGUUUAUUCCUGGAGAUGUCUCAAGAUUGGGCGAGAUGGAAUUCUGCCUCAUUUCCGAUAUGCGGUCGCAAUUGAUCGUUUGGCAUCCAUAUCGAUCUCUCAUCGCACUCAAGGAGAACCAAGAUCUGAAACUGUCCAACGACGAACUUGGUCUGGCUUGGUCCAUUAUCAACGACAGUUUCAUGACGGACUUGCCAUUGACAUGCGCUCCGCAUCUUACUGCAGUCAUUGCAAUGUUUCUUGCCGUAGUCUUCCUGCCAACUGCCAAGGCUACAGGAACCUUGCGCCCUUUGUCGCAUGAAACUCUUUCCAACCCGGACAACGGGCCAUUCUCGUCUCUCGUUGGUCGCCAGAAUCUUUCCGGCUCCCUCGGCGGUGUCCUUGGGAACCUCCAGAUGUCGAGCCAAGCCGCAUUACAAAACAGCUCGAACGGGAAUGGCAAAGCUCGAAUGCCGCAGAGCGAUGCUCAGCCUUUUGACAAAGAAAAGGCAAUUGCCACUGCAAAGGAGUCGGAGAAGAUGCAAAACACGAUGAAAUUCCUGGUCGACUCUGGCAUUGACAUUGAGCGGAUGAUUGAAGGCACCCAGGAGAUGAUAGCACUGUACGACGCUUGGGAACAAUACAACGAGAAAUCCGUCAAGGAGAUCGUUUCGCGGUGUUUGAAGUCGCGCGGCCUGGACGGCUAA